AUGGUUGCUAUGAAGGGAGACUUAAGAUAUAUGAUAGUAUCAAUACUUAGUGCAUCUAAUAGCAGCAGCAUUUACAGAUUAACUGAUGUGUUAUUAUAUAUCAUCUCUCGUCUUUUUUGUAUCCUGUCUUAUAAUUUCAACGUGUUUGUAAUACUCAAUGUUUAUUCUAAAUUAACCAUGUUUUGUACCACAAACUCAUGGCCCAUGGAUCUUUUGCUGAAGCAAGGAAGUCUUAAACAGGAAGUAGAAUCUUUUUGUUACCAAAUUGUAUCUGAAUCAAAUGAUCAAAAAGUUGGAAUAUUACAAAGUGAAGAUGAACAGUUGCAGCCUUCAGUUUCUAAAAAAUCAGGAAGUGAGCUUUCCAGGGUCAAACUUAUGUCUGGUUCCAGUAAAAUGACAACAUUUAGUAAGAAACCAAAAAGGAGAAAAUAUGAUGAAAGUUAUUUAUCUUUUGGAUUUACUUAUUUUGGAAAUAGAGAUGCACCUCAUGCUCAGUGUGUAUUAUGUAAGAAAAUCUUAUCAAAUAGCUCUUUAGCCCCAAGUAAGCUACGAAGACAUUUGGAAACUAAACAUGCUGCAUAUAAAGACAAAGACAUUAGCUUUUUCAAGCAGCAUCUUGAUGCACCUGAAAACAAUAAACCCCCAACACCUAAAAUUGUCAAUACAGAUAAUGAAAGUGCUACAGAGGCAUCAUACAAUGUAAGUUACCAUAUAGCCCUGAGUGGAGAGGCUCAUACUAUUGGAGAAUUGCUUAUCAAACCUUGUGCAAAAGAUGUAGUGAUGCGGAUGUUUGAUGAACAAUAUAGUAAGAAGAUAGAUGCAGUACAACUAUCAAACAGUACUGUUGCACGUCGAAUUAAGGAUCUAGCUGCUGACAUUGAAGAAGAGCUUGUUUGUAGACUAAAAAUUUGUGAUGGGUUUUCACUACAACUAGAUGAAUCAGCUGAUGUUUCAGGACUUGCUGUGUUGCUUGUGUUUAUUCGUUAUAGGUUUAAUAAAUCUAUCGAGGAAGACCUACUCUUAUGUGAAUCUUUGCAAAGUAAUGCUACAGGUGAAGAAAUAUUCAGUUGCAUCAACAGUUUUAUGCAGAAACAUGAAAUUGAGUGGGAAAAAUGUGUUGAUGUUUGUAGUGAUGCUUCUAGGGCAGCAUAUGGGAAAAUUGCUGAGGCUGUCACCUUGAUAAAAUGUGUAGCUCCUGAAACCACCAGCAGCCAUUGCCUAUUAUAUCGACAUGCACUAGCAGUUAAAAUAAUGCCUACAUCUCUUAAAAAUGUGCUAGAUCAAGCAGUACAAAUCAUCAAUUAUAUUAAAGCUCGACCACAUCAAUCCAGACUACUAAAAAUUUUAUGUGAAGAAAUGGGUGCUCAACACACAGCACUUCUUCUAAAUACAGAGGUAAGGUGGCUUUCCCGAGGUAAAGUUCUUGUAAGACUUUUUGAACUUCGGCGUGAAUUAUUGGUUUUUAUGGAUUCUGCUUUUCGACUAUCUGAUUGUUUAACAAAUUCAUCUUGGCUGCUAAGACUUGCAUAUCUUGCAGAUAUUUUUACUAAGUUAAAUGAGGUUAAUCUGUCGAUGCAAGGGAAAAAUGUAACAGUUUUUACAGUGUUUGAUAAAAUGUCAUCGUUGUUAAGAAAAUUGGAAUUUUGGGCCUCAUCAGUAGAAGAAGAAAACUUUGAUUGUUUUCCUACACUCAGUGACUUUUUGACUGAAAUUAAUUCUACAGUUGAUAAAGAUAUUUGUAGUGCCAUUGUGCAGCACCUAAGGGGUUUGCGCUCUACCCUUCUAAAAUAUUUUCCUAUAACAAAUGACAGUAAUGCUUGGGUUAGAAAUCCAUUUACAGUAACUGUUAAACCAGCCUCAUUAGUAGCGCGGGAUUAUGAGAGCCUGAUUGAUUUAACAUCUGAUUCUCAAGUGAAACAAAAUUUCAGUGAACUUUCACUAACUGAUUUUUGGAGUAGCCUAAUUCGAGAAUACCCAAGCAUAGCAAGACGUGCAAUUCGUGUGCUUCUUCCUUUUGCUACAAUGCACUUGUGUGAAACAGGAUUUUCGUAUUAUGCUGCAACCAAAACAAAAUAUAGAAAAAGACUUGAUGCUGCACCUCAUAUGCGGAUCCGUCUUAGUAACAUUACACCUAAUAUUAAAAGGAUAUGUGAUAAAAAGACACAAAAACAUUGUUCUCAUUAAAAUUGGACAGUUUUGCAUGUCUCUUGGUAAUUAAAUGUAAGUGAAAAUAAAAGACAAUUUACUUCAUUUCU